CUGCUGAAUGCCAGACUGAUGUUUCUCGUAAUUUUGACAAUAAUGGUAUAUUUGACAAAAGCUGAUGUGAAUUUAGAUACAAAAGAGGCAGCAACUCCGAACGAACAUUAUGAAAACGAACCUAUGUACGAUGUUUACGAAUACGUGAAUAAUUUACAUUUACAGAGAUGUGCGCUAGUAGCCGUAGGCUUAAAGUAUUUCUCAAUAUUUGUAGAAAGUGCAGUUUUAGAUAAAAAUAACCGAAUACGUAGUAGCAAAUUCUUCCUGGGGAUGUGUCAUCAGAGCACGCUGGAAAAAUGGAAAUUUUGUUCACCACAUCUGGAAAGGAAACGACCGCAUAAGUGCAAGUUUCGCUUGAGGACUGGAAAAUAUCACGGAAGGGUCCACAGGCGAUAUUGCGACUUUGGUGUGUUGAGUCGAAAUCCUGAUUGUCCGUGCGUCAGUACCAUUUUCGGAGAAACUAUGUACAAAGUUAUCGGAUUUCCUGCAUGUUACAUCCCACCUUUAUCUGAUACGUUAUGCAGGUACAAUCCAUGUGGAAUGGAGCAGUGUCAACCGACCAAAGUUGAGGAUACAAUUUUUUCUCUUGAAUGUCACCCGAAGUGUGAUGGUAGUAAUCCGUUUUGCGAGCACCCCUUGGAUAAAUCAGCUGCACUGCCUUUAAUCUCCUCCAAUUGGACCAGUUGGAAACUUUUAGAUACACAGAAAGUAGCAACGAACGCGGGACAAAAACUAUAUCAGUCAAUAUGCACAAACAGACUCACGUCGGUAGAUAAUUUGUGGAUCGUUUGUUCGAGGUUUGCUAAUAUUGUGCUACAUUGUUUUAUAGGAAUCAAAGUGAUGUCGAUUGUCUUGGACCAGGUACAGCUUGGUAAGCUUAUAAAAAUUAAUUCAAAUAAGACACAGACACCAAAAAGUGUAACCAUUCUUUUAUAUCUUGGCUAAAUAGAAUCUUUUUGCUUUACAUCUCUGCAACCAUAACCAACUGUAUGCAAUGUCCUUUCAUGCUUUCCAUCAAUUAUCAGUACGGCAUGGGUCUAGUCAUUUGGAGAUAUGACGGGGAGCAAAUUGCAAGGUCAAUUAUUUUGCUGAUGAACCACAUGACAUAUGAAUUUUUAGCUGCCCGGAAACUAUUCAAAACUGCACCUGUGAGGUUUAUCAAGAAAAUGGUACUGCCAUAGCAGAACGUGUAAUUUAUACAGAUCAAGGGAACCACACUUUGGAAAGAAGAAAAAGCUUCACAGAGGACAGUUUGACAAUUGAUCUGCUCCCAGAAAGUAAUAACGAGGAUGAUCAGAAACGACACGCUAGAGGUAUAUGACAAUUCCUGGACUUCCACUUCCUCUCUACCUUAAUGAUAUCGUUUGGUCGAUAAGAGUCGGAAUUAUAUACUUACUGAGAAUCUUUGACUUCAUGAUCACAGACGAACAGUAGAUCUCGCUAAGAAAAUAAAAUCUAACCUCCUUGCUGUUCCUGUUCGAUUACAGAAACUAAUGACGUUACCGAAGAUAUAGCUGACGAUGAUGAAGACAUAGACGAAGAAAGCGACGAUGAUGAUAUUGUAAUGGAAGAAAACACUCAAUUUGAAGAAGGUGUAACCACGUCUACUGAAGAGAUGGAAAGAGAUGAACUUGUGACUGUCAGUGACUAUGAAAGGAAUGGUAACAGUUCAGCUGCGUUUGAUGAAAUCAUAGUAGCUGAGAAUACUACUGCUAGUUUUAAACGCGGUAGAGGAGGAGAUAGUGAUAUAAGACCUUUCAGAUGUGUCUAUUAUAUUUAUAUCUACGUCGUGUAUUAUACAAUGAAGUAGUUGAAUAUUGCAAUUAUAGC